GAGCCACUGCCUCUGUGAUGGAUCUUGAAAACUGUCUGAAAAACAUUCUGAAGGACAAAUUUCAGAAAGUGAAAGAAGCUGAAAACUCGUUACUUCCUUCAAGACUUUGCUAUCGUGAGCUCAAGCAGGAACACGAACAAUUUCAUACUAAUUUGUUACAGAAUGAGUUUAGAUUUAUUGACAAGUCCGAUCUUCACACUUGGGUUGUUUAUCCAACCGUCCCGCUCUCUGAGAUUUUAUUGUGCGACUGCCAACACAACAGCAGCCAAAGAACGGUCCUCACUGUAGGCGUGUGUGGCGUUGGAAAAACCACAACAGUGCAGAGAUGUGCUCUGGAGUGGGCCGAGGGCAAAGCGUGCCAGGACGUCCAUCUCCUGUUUCCUCUCACCUUCUGGGAGUUAAAUUUGCUCGAACACGAACUGACCCUAAUUGAACUUCUCCUGACGUUUUUCCCUGACCUGAAGGAGCUUGACAGUGUCAGCCUGAGGAAUAGCAGUGUGUGCUUUGUCCUUGAUGCGCUGGAUGAGUAUCAUGGCACAUUGGACUUUCAAUGUCCAACUGUGAGAGAUGUUUCUGAGUUAUCUACAGUAGAAAAUCUUUUGACUAAUCUCAUCAGGGGGGAUUUACUUCCCCUUGCUCAUAUAUGGAUAACAACUAGAUUUGCAGCGGCAACACAAAUCCCUGAUUGUUUUUUGCUUAAAGAGACCGAGGUUCAAGGGUUCAAUGAUGAACAGCAGGAGGAGCACCUCAGGGCACUCGUCGGUGAUGACAAUUUGGCCGACAAAGUCAUCAACCACGUGAAAAUAUCAAGGAGUCUGGACUUCCUUUGUCAGGUACCCACAAUCUGCACCAUCAUGGCAAAUGUGUUGAAGGAUCAUCUAAAACCAGAUGAUGGAUUUAAAAUCCACCCCCUGAGUUUAACCCAGAUGUACACAAAUCUGGUCAAAGCAUCAAACCCAGAAACGGUUGCCAAGCUGAAAAUGCUGGCAAAGCUUUGGAUGGGAGAAUGUGAGGUAUUCUAUGAUUAUCAUCUUUCAGAAAUUGACCUAAGUGUUGAGGAAGCGUCAACUUUCUCCAAAGAGUGUCCUCUUGUGUUGAAAGAAGAAAAUGGGCUUCAUAACAGCACCGUGUUUCGCUUUGGUCACUCCAGCAUUCUGGAGUUCUUUGCAGCGUCUGCUGAAUUGGACAAUAUUGAAACAAGAUUUGACACGUCGAGACUUUGUAAGUGUCUGGUGGACACGGCACUGGAGAGUUCUAUGGGAAAAACAGAUGUCUUCCUUCGCUUCAUCUUUGGUCUCCUUAGGGAGCGCGGCACGUUGGAGCCGCAUGAUCCGCUGUUCUUCUACACCAAGAAGCUGAUCCUGGAAUACAUUCUGUCCUACAAGGCUGUGGGUCUGUUCCACUGUCUGAGGGAGUACGACAACCAGGCUUUACUGGAUGAAGUUAAGUUUUUCCUGAAGUAUCGCUUCUCUCCCAUUUCUGAUUUCUCACAAAUGCAUUGGACCAUCAUGUUGCAGCGGACCAGCAAUUUUGAAGGGAUAAGAGACAGUUUUGAGAUGCCAGUGUCCGCGAGAUGUGAUGAGAAACUCAUCAGGCAGCUAGCAGCUAUUUUCAAAUCCAAGAAAGCCAUGCUGCGAUUCUCCAACCUGACAGACAAGUGUUGUCCGGCCUUGGCAUCCAUCCUGAGCACAAAGGAGUCUUACCUGAGGGAGCUGGACCUGGGGUUUAACAGCAUCAGGGAUGAAGGAGUCAGGGAGCUGGUGGAGGGGCUGAGCGAUGAAAACUGCAGGCUGAAGACCAUCAGGCUGCAAGGCUGCGGAUUGACCGGGCACUCCUGUGAAGACCUGGCCCUGGUCCUGAGACGGUCCUGGAAACUGCGAGAGUUGGACCUCAGCAUGAACGAGAUAGGAGAUGACGGAGUGAGAUAUCUUGCAGAUGGUUUGAGAUCUCCUGAAUGCCAGUUGGAAACGCUCAG